AAAAGGUUGCGCAAUACACGGUCGAGGUUGCUCUGCGCGUGCGUGGCUCAAGCUUUUUCUGCGCGUGUUUGUGUGGAGCCUCGCUAUUGGUGGAUUUAUCCUCUAGCGUCGCGCGGCUUGGUACCUACGGUGGCCGCCUGCAGUCAAAAUUGCGCAGCGGUGGCGGCGGUGCCUCUCGCUGUCACAGCGCAUUUUGCCGGCUCCUGGUUUCCUAGCAGCGGCUUUAGGGCUUGUCAUUGUCGGGACGGCGGGCGACGAGGGACAUACGAGGCUGAAAAGCUGGGUGCGGACCAAAUCAAAAUGGCAGCCAAGCGGAUUACCCAGGAAACAUUUGACGACGUGGUUCAGGAAAACAUCAGUGAGUUUGGCAUGGAUCCUGAAGAGGCGGUGAGUGAAGCUGUCCAGCAGUUUGAGUCUCAAGAGGAGGCGACGAUGCAUCUGAGGCUGCUUUUCUCCUCGUCUCCAGGCGUAGACUUAAGCAACAUAGUGAAGAUGGCCCCCAAUUCCACCUCGGAGAAUGGCCAAGAGAAGCAGCAUGCUAUUUUGCAGACAUUGGACAGCCUUCAGAAAGCUGUUGUCGAUGCUGACUCGCACGAGGUGGAUGAGCUGCUGGUGAGCUUUGCCGAACAGUGCCGACAGGAGCUGGCGAUCCGUUAUUUGGCGGGGCAGAAGGGCGCUUACCCUGCCAUAUUGGCCGCCUGCCAGCUGGCCUUGGAAGACAGGUGGUCGCUUCUGAGAGCCCUCCACGCCCUCUCCGCGCUCCUGGAUGGCCAGCCUGACCUCCUGGAUGUCUCUGGACAGGAGCUACUGUUGCGGGUGCUGCAGGACCAGCGCGACAACGCUGACCUGACGCUUGCUGCGGUCCGUUGCGUUUGGCACGCCUGUCUGAAGCAUGAGCAGAACCGACAGGACCUGGUGAAAGGUGGUGUCCUCGCGCUGCUGGCCGGGGCGGUCGUCCAGCACGGGGACCGUGCCGAUGUCGUCCGGGCGGCCUGCUUGGGGCUGCGUGUCAUGACCUUCGAUGAUGACAUCCGGGUGCCGUUCGGACACGCUCACGACCAUGCCAAAAUGAUUGUGAUGGAACACAACGGGCUGAGGAUCCUUAUAGAGGCUGCCAAAGCCUUCCCUGAUGACUGCACUGUUCUGAGGGAAAUCUGUGCAACUCUGGGCCACCUCUCUGUCCGGAAUGAGUUUUGUCAAGAGAUUGUGGACCUUGGAGGUUUAAACUUCAUGGUGGCGCUGUUAGCUGACUGCAUUGACCACCAGGAUCUGGUGAAGCAGGUGCUGAGUGCCAUCCGGGCCAUCGCAGGCAACGAUGAUGUGAAAGAUGCCAUUGUCAAUGCCGGAGGGACUGACCUCAUUGUGUUGGCAAUGAGCCACCAUCUUGGCAGCCCUCUGGUGUGUGAGCAAAGCUGCGCGGCCUUGUGCAUGCUGGCAUUGCGGAAGCCAGAGAACUGCCGGGUCAUCAUGGAAGGUGGCGGGGCCUUGGCAGCCCUGCAAGCCAUGAAGAUGCAUCCCAGGGAGGUUGGCGUGCAGAAACAAGCGUGCAUGCUGAUCCGCAAUCUUGUGUCCCACACUCAAGAUUUCUCCCAGCCCAUCCUAGAGAUGGGCGCCGAAGACUUGAUCACUGAGGCGCGGACCGCCCACCGGGACUGUGAUGACGUGGCCAAGGCUGCCUUGAGGGACCUAGGCUGCAAGGUGGAGCUGCAGGAACUCUGGACAGGCCAGAAGGGCAGCCUGGCCCGUUGAAACCUCAGAGGCAGUGAGUCGGCAACACCCAUAGACUUUGGAGGGGGGGAACAUGCAAAUGGGAAUAAAUUUGGGCCCAAGCAGUUGAAAGCAAGGGAGAAAAUGUUAUGUUGUUCCAGGUGGCAUUGGCUGCCUAGGGCCGCAACUGUAUUCUCUCGUUGCUUUUGGGGCCAAGUCUUCAAGGUUUUAUUUUGUUUAACGAUGAUUUCUUGUCGACUCAAGAACCGACUGGCCCCCCUCUCAAAAACUGUGCCGCUUUUUGGCUUGAAGGGUGCCAGCUGCCGAGCUAUAGACUAUAUAAAAUUAUCCCAGUUUACCACAGUGCGAAUUUAAAAGAAGAUGGGGGAGAAAGCUGGUGGGCCGUUCGUUGUGCUUCUGGCUGUAUUUUGGCCUAAUCUGUCCGUCUGCUACUGAGGGACAGGACUCGGGACAGAAGGCUGCUGCGGCCUCAGGUAGGCCUGUUACGGUGGCAGCCACUUCCACUGACUUUCUCCUUGCUGUAACUCUCUUUGCUGUUCUGAGUGGGCCACCCACUCGUCCCUGCCAAUUGUUGCCUGUUCCGAGUGAAUACAAGCAUGCAUGUUGUUAUUCUCUAGUCCUUUUCCUCUUUGGUCUUCUGAUGGUUGUCCUUGGGGUCUGGUUUCGGGCCUUGGGUCUCCAGUUGAGCCCAUGGAUAAGCCUCUCCAGGUCUGGCUUCAGUAGAAGCAGCAAGGAAACCAGCCAAAAAAGCCUCCAAGGGUUGAUAGGAUGAAACAAACUAGGACGUUGUGCACAUUAUGUGUAGGAGGCCAGAAAACCACAGGAUUUUGCUCUCUAACAACGUCAGUUUUCUUUUUUAAAAAAAUAAAAGUUUCUAGCUCUUAUGAGUGUGACAAGAUGCUUGGGAGCAAAUCCUUUGGCGAAAAUCUCAGAAGCCAAAGAGAAGAUUGCUUGUGACUGGGGGUUUGGUGUCCUUGGGAUUAGUAAAACUAGAAUACAUUAGGCAAAGUAAGGGGGUGCUGUGUGAAUAAACCAGCAUAAUUCAUGCAAGUUGCAA